AUGGCUGGUUUCCUUCGCAGAAAGAAUAAACAACCCGCGACGGUGGUGGACGCAACCACGACAACGACAACGAAAACGAAAGGAGGAGGGACACCACCGCUGUUUGCUAGAUUCGCCACUACGAAGAAUUCGGAUGACGUUCCCAGAAUCGUAUCCUCGCCCAUGUCGCUUGCAGCGUCGAACCGCGGUGGUGGUGGUGGGAACGACCCGCGUGGAAUCGUCGUGACAGUUCCGUCUGCGAAGCCCGCACCGUCGAGGGCACCUUCACUCCCGAAUCAAUCGACGUAUUCGCUUCAGAGCAGCACCCAGCGCGCUAGACCGCCUGGUCCCCCGCCUACGUAUACGACGCAACAGAGUGCUGCGCGGGCUUGGCGGAGUUCGUUGGUUGGGUUGGAGGAUAAGCCGCUUCCUUCUCCGAAUGGGAACGUCGUUGGAACGUCACAACCUCCUCUUUCGUUCCCGUCUUCACCGACUCCCCCGACGAGGAGUUUACCUCUACCGCCUUCGUCACAGAGUCAAACGCAGCUGAACCCACCGGGAUUGUCGGCGUAUACUCAUAAUGCGAGUUCCAAUGCGAGCAGUCAAACAUUAGCGCCGCAUGCAUCUGGGUCACGGUUGGAUGUGAGUGACCUACGAGCGUCGUCUAGGUCGUCGAGGGAGAUGGAGAAGGAGGGCAGUGGGGGUGCGAGUGGGAGUGAGCUGGCUCCCGAGUUUGCUAUGUUUCAGGAAUACAACGCUACAAAUCCAAGUCCGCAAUCAUCCCUUAACGCUCGAGGUGCUCAGCAGCAGACUCAACAAGACGCGAAGUCUGCUCGACAGGAACCUUCGAACCAGCGGUCGAACGAACUACCGUUAUCCCGAUCAACACCAAACCCCAUCGAACGUGAAGCACCAUCACGAUCGACGCCGGGAUCGAACAAACCAUGGUCAUUAUCAUUAGCAGCUCCGGUGUCGGCUAGCCGUGAAGGUGAAGAUGAACGUGUUUCCUCGCCGCUUGCAAAGUCGCAGUCCGACCACCAGCCAACGACGAAUACGAUGGGGAAUCGCGCAUCGUCUUCUCGGAGUCAGGGGGUUGGGAGGAGUAGUACUGCGACGGCGACGGCACCGCCGAAUGCGUUCAACGUGAACGUGAACACGAGCACCAGCCGAUCUGCGUCUGCUAGCGCUACGACGCCGAGACCGUCUUCUUCUCGAGCUCUCCCGCAGAUAACGUCUAAACAGCAUCAAGUCCCACCUCAAUUCCAGCAGCUCCACGUCCCACCUCAACCUCUCCAGCCUCCACCUGCACCACCACUUUCCAGCAACCCACUCGCCCAGUCGUAUUAUUCCAACAUCCCGCCACAAGCGCAGUCAAGCACCGCCUCACUACCACUACGAAAACCCUCGACUUCGUCAGGCGCGCCUGCGCCUGUACAAGGAAAAGCAAGGAUAUUCACUGCGAUGGCUGCGACGGUUGAUAUUGGUGAUGCUGGGGGUGUUGGUGUGGUUUCGUCGCCGCCGUCGUCGAGUGGGCAUGGUCAGGAGAAGAGGGGCGGGAUGGGGAUGGUCAAUGGGCAACAGCAGCAGCAGCAGCAGCGGAUGAUGAAUGGGCAACAGCAGCAGCAGAUGAGUGGGCAACAGCGGUCGAUGGGGAAUAGGCAGCAGCAGACGAUGGGAAAUGGGCAGCAGCAGACGAUGAUGAAUGGUAUGGAUCGAGGACAACUGGGACAGCAACAGGGGAUGGACGCGAGGCAACUUGCACAACGGAUGGGUAGUCAGCAGUUGGGGAAUGGGAUGGGAUAUCAACAGCAGCAGCAGCAGAUGGGGAAUGGAAUGGUUCAUCACCAGCCAAUGAAUGGGAUGGGCCAACAGCCUCAAAACGGGAUCCAUCCGCAGAAUGGGGUCGGGCGUCAAGGACAUGGUUUCAUCAUCACCAACCAGCAACAAAACGUAGGCGUUGAUCUUAGGCAACAACAACAACAUUUUCCUCCGCAAAAACCCAACGCACCCGGCCCGCCCAUUUCAUUCCACUACCCACCCCAAGACCCUCAUGGUACCCCACGCACGCGUACAGCAAGCACAGGAUCCAUCAGACCACUCCCUCAACAACCACCGCAAACCCCACCUCGCACCAAGAAGCUGAGUAAAACUCGGAACGGGCCUGAUAGAUCUUCAACGGCGACGUUACACACGAACGACGGGUCUAACGCUUCCGUUUCUAGUAGCUCGAUGCAGCACAAGUUUGUUGGGAGGUCGGCUUUGAAGUCGGCGGGGGGAUCGUCGCAGGUACAGCGGCCUACGACUCCACAGAAAUCUUCUGGUGGGAGACCUACGACGCCGUCGACGCAUAGAACUGUACGGCCUACUACGCCUCAGACGCAGAAAUCGACGACGCCUGCUAGACCUGUGACGCCUGCCGUUGUUCAGCAGGUUGAUGAAGACACGAUGAGGAAUGCGGGGAUUGAGUUGGAUGAUGAUCCGUUUGCGAGGGUGGAGGGUGUGAGGAUGUUGAAGCCUAAGAAGGGGAAGGCAAGGUCUGUUGAUGAUGGGGAGACGGUGGAUGGACAUGGGCAGGGGUAUGAGGAGGUGGAGAGUGUUUCGUCCCAUGCGCAUCAUCAGAGGGAGCCUGCUGGUGUUAGUGCGUCUCCUGAGGAUGUGAAGAGGGCGAAGAGGGAGGCGAGGAGGUUGGAGAGGGAGAGGGAGAGGGAAAGGGAAAGAGGGAGGGAGAAGGAAAAAGGGAAGGAGAGGAACUCAGACGCUGGAACGGAUGCGACUCUGGAGCAUGAGGAGGCUGAAGAACCGGUUUCGUCGUACUAUUUCAAUCUGGCGGAGCUCCUGUCGCAUCACCAGGUGGUGAGGAACCUCUUGGAGUACACGAAUUUCUACGAGUGGUGUAUACUGUCAAGCAUCUCCAAAGAGAUCCGGAUUCUUUUGGUGCAGUCGCCUCCGCUGCGUGAGGAGGUGCUCGAGCGGUUCUUGAAGACUGUUGGGUAUGGUCGAUGGGGCUGGGAUGGCCCAGAGCCGCUGUCGCUGUCACUUCAGGAUCUCAGCGAUUACAUGCGAGGAGUAUCAAUCCCACCACAUGAGUACACCCGAGUAGCCAACAUGUACAUCCACUCCCUCUCGAUCCACCCCAGCAAUCGUGAUCCUUCCCUGAACGAUGCCGUCCGAAGCCUCGUCGCCUCAACUCGCGGAUACACUCGCGUCGUACUUCGACUUCGCGCUCAAGCCGAGAAGGAGGCAAGUAUAGCCAGAACGAAACCUCUCUACGCACCUGCCCCUCUCUCUUCUUCUUCCACCUCUGCUUCUGCAUCUAGGUCAACGACCAAAGUCAACACGUACGGCUCUUCCAAUGGAAGAGGUCCAGUUUCUCGGCCUUCCAGCCGUGCACCAUCACCUACGCCAUCCGCCUUUUCACAUUCGCAUUCAUAUCAUGGGCAUGGACCUCCACCACCACCGAAUAGUCAACCCCAGGGAUAUCCCCUUGGUAUGACGCAGCAGGCGCCUUCGCAAACUAGUCUUGGCUUCCGUUCUCCACUGUUCCGUCUUCGUCGCGCUCCACUGUUGCGCGUGUUUGUGCCGUCUAUCGAGGGUGAUUGGCUUUCGGAUAAAAGCGUGCAAGAAUGCGAGGAAGAGUGUAAACGCGCCGGAGUUCGCCAUUUGAUGCGGGUGGGAGAUGUUGUUUGGGAUGUUGCUGUUGGAGAUGAAGGGAACGUGGGUCGGUUGGUUUGGGAUGGGAGUUAUCUCAUCGAUCUCGAUUACACGUAUUCACCUGUUGGCGAGCUACCAAAGUAUCUCCCGGCUCUGGCGUUCCCACCAUCCUAUUUCCAUAGGGUCUUACGCUCCGGGCCGACCGUCAGUAAUCCGAUCAUGCACAUCGAUAUCAGUCCCUGGGGAGAGGAGAUUGCUGCCAAUCUGCAGCUGCUCCAAGAUCGUAUCAGAACUGAGACACCGCAAGGAGCCUAUCAUAACGUGCCCACAUUAGAGAGUCCACCUAUGCCCCACUUUCCUCCCCCCAGUGUACUGCUUAGUAUGCCAUUUCCAAUACGCCAGCUGAUGACUCGAUGUGACUUUCGUGAGGAUCCAGUACCAUUCUAUCGUAUUCGUCAUACUGAAUCCCUUGUGUUUGAAGUGCCACUCUGCGAUUCCGAUUACAAGAAAUCAGGCUCUCAUCUAGCCUCACUUUUGUUUUCGGAGAUGAAGAGAGCGAGUGUUGCGGCUGAGUUUGUGCUCGAUCUAUCAUUCUUCUUCCAUUCCCUGGAUUAUCCUGGCUAUGCCUGCCUCUUGGCUUGCUUGGUCCAUGAUUCUAUUUCUCAUAUCCAUAACAUCACCCAUCUGGACUACGGGAGCUACCGACAACUCAACAACCACAUAAUCUUGUUACAAAUCCUUCGCGCCCCGCCUCGUUACUUCCCUGGUCCCCACCUUAUCGACGGAAUGAUCACUUUUUCGAGAUACGGCGGUAAUUUGGAUAGGCCUGGGUCAGACGUCUUCGAGAAACCCACCGUUGGGUUGAAUCUGUGCCGAAACCUCGGCCCCACCCGACCAGGUGUUAAGUGGUUGGCCCAAGGAUUUGAUUCGUCAGUAGGAGUUGAGCGCUCUUGGACUAAAAUAUCGUCAUUUGCACACGAGACAGAGUGA